UGUGAGUGAGGGAAGGGAGGGAAGGAGUGGUCCGCGGGUGGGAUCUGUGGAACAGAUAAAAUAUGAAGCUCCUGUCCCUGCAAGUACAAGUUGUCUCUUCCUGACAGAAGAGAAAGUCAUCCUUAAGUGCCUCCCCCAGGGACACGUAGAGGAGAGAAAAGCGACCAAGAUUGGAGAGAACAGGAUUAAGCCAGGCAUGUUCACGAAGCAGUGCCCUGGCCUUGCUCCGGAAGAGCGCUACCGCCCAAGCGGGGCCCCCAAGCGGGUCUUGGGAGUUGAUGACAAUAACGUGGGCGAUGGCUGUUCUCAGAAGUUGGCAGCUGUUAAUCUUCUCCGCUUCCUGCUGCUGGUCUUGAUUCCCUGCAUCUGUGCUCUCGUUGUUCUACUGGUGAUCUUGCUCUGUUUGGUUGGGACAUUAAAAACGACUUAUUUUAAAUCAAAUGGAAGUGAACCUUUGGUAACCGAUGGUGAAGUUCAAGUGCCUGAUAUCCUUGUAAAUACAGUUUAUAACGCGAGUACAGUGACACCUGCUGUACAAACCACUCAACACCCUCCAGCUCAGAAUAUGGAAGCGCCUCUCCUGGAGGACCAACGUCACAGGAAUACAAGUGCCUGCGUGACCGUCACCCACAGCCAGUGUCAGAUGCUACCCUACCACACCACACUAACAUCUCCAGUCUCAACCAUUGUAAACGUAGAAACAGAGAAGUUCCUCAAGUUCUUCACCUACCUCCACCGCCUCAGUUGCUAUAAAUAUAUCAUGCUAUUUGGCUGUAGUCUCGCCUUCCCUGAGUGCAUCAUUGAUGGUGAUGACAGGCACGGCCUCCAGCCCUGUAGAUCUUUCUGUGAGGCUGCAAAAGAAGGCUGUGAACCUGUCCUGGAGAUGGUGAACGCCUCCUGGCCCAAUUUUCUAAAAUGCUCUCAGUUUAGAAACCAAACUGAAAGUAGUAACAUCAGCAGGAUUUGCUUCUCACCGCAGCAGGGAAAUGGAAAGCAAUUGCUCUGCGGAGGGGGCGAUCACUUCCUGUGCACCAGCGGAAUCUGCAUCCCCAGGACACUGCAAUGUAAUGGGUACAACGACUGUGACGACUGGAGUGAUGAAACUCACUGCAACUGCACUGUGGAUCUGUUUCGCUGUCACACGGGCAAGUGCCUUAAUUACAGCUUUGUAUGUGAUGGAUACGAUGACUGCGGGGAUCUCAGUGAUGAGCAAAACUGUGAUUGUGAUCCUACAAAGGAACAUCGUUGCGGGGAUGGACGCUGCAUUUCGGUGGAGUGGGUGUGUGACGGUGACCAUGACUGCGUGGACAAGUCUGAUGAGGUCAACUGCUCCUGUCACAGCCAAGGUCUGGUGGAGUGCGGGAACGGACAGUGCAUCCCCAGCGCGUUCCAGUGCGAUGGUGACGAGGACUGCAGGGACGCCAGCGAUGAGCGGAACUGCAGCGCCCCUCAGACUCCGUGUCAAGAAGGAGACCAAAGAUGCCUCUUCAGCUCCUGCCUCGAUUCAUGUGGGGGUAGCUCCCUGUGUGACCCAGACAACGGUCUGAAUAACUGUAGUCAGUGUGAACCAAUAACACUGGAACUCUGCAUGAACCUGCCCUACAACCAUACAAAGUAUCCCAAUUACCUUGGCCACAGGACUCAAAAGGAAGCAUCCAUCAGCUGGGAAUCCUCUCUUUUUCCCGCACUUGUUCCGACCAACUGUUACAAAUACCUCAUGUUCUUUGCUUGUACCAUUUUGGUCCCAAAGUGUGAUGUGACUACAAGCCAGCGCAUCCCUCCUUGCAGAGCACUGUGUGAGCAUUCUAAAGAACGCUGUGAGUCUGUUCUUGGGAUUGUGGGUCUACAGUGGCCUGAAGAUACAGAUUGCAGUCAAUUUCCAGAGGAAAAUUCAGACAAUCAAACCUGCCUAAUGCCUGAUGAAGAUGUAGAAGAAUGUUCACCUAGUCACUUCAAGUGCCACUCAGGAGGAUGUGUUCUGGCUUUCAGAAGAUGUGAUGGUCAGGCUGAUUGUGAUGAUGACAGCGAUGAAGAAAACUGUGGCUGCAAAGAGAGAGAUCUUUGGGAAUGCCCAUCUAAUAAACAAUGCUUGAAGCACUCAGUGAUUUGUGAUGGAUUUCCAGACUGUCCUGAUAAUAUGGAUGAAAAAAACUGCUCAUUUUGCCAAGAUGAUGAAGUGGAAUGUGCCAACCACAAGUGUGUGUCGCGUGAGCUGUGGUGUGACGGGGAAGCCGACUGCUCAGACAGCUCGGAUGAAUGGAACUGCGUGACCCUCUCUAAAACUAUGAACUCCUCUGCACUCCUGUAUGUUCACCGAUCUGCGACAGAACACCACGUGUGUGCGGAUGGCUGGCAGGAGACCCUGAGUCAGCUCGCCUGCAGGCAGAUGGGUUUAGGAGAACCAUCCUUGACGGAGUCAAUACCAGAAGAGGAGGAAAAUCAGCAGUGGCUGAGGUUACGCUCCGACUGGAAGAACGUCAGUGGGACCGCUUUGCACAGACUUCUGGUACCUGGGCAGGCUUGUCCCAGCAGAAAUAAGAUCUCUCUUCUGUGUACUAAAGAAGAUUGUGGGCGUCGCCCCGCUGCCCGAAUGAACAAGAGGAUCCUCGGGGGCCGGACAAGUCGCCCAGGAAGGUGGCCAUGGCAGUGCUCCCUGCAGAGCGAGCCCAGUGGGCACAUCUGUGGCUGUGUCCUCAUUGCCAAGAAGUGGGUUCUGACAGUUGCCCAUUGUUUUGAGGGGAGAGAGAACUCUGCCAUGUGGAAAGUAGUGCUUGGCAUCAACAACCUGGACCACCCGUCCACGUACACGCAGACCCGCCUUGUGAAGACCAUCAUCCUGCACCCCCGCUACAGCCGCGCAGUGGUGGAUUAUGACAUCAGCAUCGUCGAGCUGAAUGAAGACAUCAAUGAGACAAGCUACGUCCGGCCCAUCUGCUUACCUAGCCCAGGGCAGGCUCUAGAGCCAGACACAUACUGCUACAUCACAGGCUGGGGCCACAUGGGCAACAAAAUGCCUUUCAAGUUGCAAGAAGGAGAGGUCCGCAUUAUUUCCCUGGAGCAGUGCCAGUCCUACUUUGACAUGAAGACCAUCACCACUCGGAUGAUAUGUGCUGGCUAUGAGUCCGGGACAGUUGACUCAUGCAUGGGUGACAGUGGUGGACCUCUUGUUUGUGAGCAGCCUGGAGGACAGUGGACACUGUUUGGGUUAACUUCAUGGGGCUCCAUCUGCUUCUCCAAAGUCCUGGGUCCUGGAGUGUAUAGCAACGUGUCCUACUUCGUCGGAUGGAUUGAGAAGCAAAUAUACAUCCAGACCUUUCUCCCACGGAAGCCAAAGGCUGAUCAGAGCCCUCUGCCAGCAGCACAGAGAGAGAAUGGCCGGGCCUGAGAUGAGCUCCCUGUGGAAGCUGGAAGGAGCCACUUCAUCUGGACAGGAAGCUCCAAGUGGACUGGGAAUUUUAGUUUGCUUCAGACCAAUUUUAUUCAAUUUUCCCCCCAACGUUUUUGUUAAUUUAAAAUUUUAUGAAAAGCUUAAAAACAAAAGCAGAGUGGGUGUUUUCUUCUGCCAGCUCUAACCUUGACUGCAGCAUGAAAUUACAGAUCAACUCUGUAGAGAUUUAAAAUAUGCAGCCCUUAAAUUUAACAGGUUACAAAAAGUUCCCUUUUGUUCUGUCCUGGAAGGAACACCAACCCAGGCUGAUGGAACUCCCGUUUCUGUUUCUCAACCACAGCAGCUUAGGUGAAAAUUUCAGCAUUACCAGUGAUGACUGGCUCUUGAUUUACAAUUUAUGUCUGUACUCUUCUGAAAUUUGCAUAGGUCAGAGAAUUUAUGAAAGAAAGCGAGGGAAAAAGUAGCAUCCAUUUAGGUAACUGAAAUCACAACAUAUGUGCCAAGCUCUCUAGACACUAACCCUGAAAUAACAAUUCUGUCCAUUCUGGAUUUAAAUCAAGUUUGUAAUUUUAGAGGAAAGCUCUGUAGUUCUUUCCCCAUUUCUGGAGCUUUUCUUAUCAGCUCGUUGAGAUUUCAACAAUUAGGUCAAUAUUCAUGGAGAAUAUUUUGUCCUGUCUGUGUUAAAAGGAAAUAGAGAUUAAAGUUUAUCAAAGGAGAACCUGCUCUAGAUUGAAGAGAUGCAGUUGUUUUUAAAAGAAAAUUACAAUCAUCACUCCAAAUUAAAUAUGACAAUUUUGUUUUCCGGUGUCCAUCUAUAGCAAUAAAGUCAUAGAAAUAUAUUUCAAAGCACAGAGACAUUUCACAAAGUGACACACUUCGUAAUUUCCCCCUAACUAUGUCUAACAUCUGGUGUUGCCCUUCCUUCUCACUGAUAAUUAAAAACAAAAUCUUAAAAGUUGCUUUUAAACAUUAGGACACUUUACAUAAAUCAAUUUCUGAAGCAAUUAGUGGUUAGAAGUCUUGUUGGCUACGAAAAACUUCGAGGCACAAAUCUUCAGAGAUACCUAAUUUAAUUAGUUAGAUGGCUACUUCGCAACAUGCCUUUUGGACAUGCAGAAUUCGCUACUAAUCUCCACCAGCAACCUGGACUGCCUCGGCAUUCCAAAUAAAGACUACCUGCAAUUUUA